AAAUAAUAACUUUAAGGUUAUAGAUAGAUUGAAUGUCUUUACAUAUUUAUUGAAUCAUUUUUUAAGUUAUUUCAUUCUCUGCUGAUAUGGUUAUGAAUAAUAUUUGCAGUAAAAAUAAAUAUCUCAUGAAAGCGAAUCAUCACAGUGUACGGAGUAAACGCGCAAAACAUCUACAGAUAAAUAACAGAACUGAAAUAAAUCGUAAUAACACAAAGCAGAUUUAAAUGUGCAUUAUGAAGAUAGAUUUUAGCUAGACAAUCAAAAUAUACCAAGAAAAAUAAAAUACGUCAUAUUAAAAACAAUAAACAAAAGGCAUCAAGAGAUUUAAGAGAGUGCAGGAGGGACGGACGGCGAUAAACACUUAUAGAAUUCUCGUAUCUUAAGGCAUUUUUUCAGCACAGUUUACGACCUUUUCAUACUACAAUAUGUUGAAAGAAUACAGGAUAUGUAUGCCAAUGUCGGUAGAGGAGUACCACAUUGGGCAAUUGUACAUGAUUGCCAGACAUAGCUCUGAGCAGAGUGAUGGGGGAGAGGGUGUGGAAGUAAUUGAAAAUGUUCCUCAUACUGAUCCAAGUCACGGCGAAGGACAGUUCACAGAGAAGCGUAUUCACCUAUCUGGAAAACUUCCACCUUGGGCCAGAGCUUAUGUUCCACGAUUUAUAUACCUAACUGAAAAAGCCUGGAACUAUUAUCCAUACACUGAGACAGAAUACACAUGCUCUGUCAUUCCAAGGUUCAGUAUCAAGAUUCGCACACGAUAUGAGAAUAAUAAUGGGUCUUCAGAAAAUUGCCUUAAUGUUAAUGAGGAGGAGCUGAAGCAAAGAAUAGUGGAUCAUGUAGAUAUCUUAACAGACCCAGUGGAUGAAAGACACUACAAGAAAGAAGAGGAUCCUGCCACUUUCAAGUCCGAGAAGACAGGACGAGGACCAUUAAAAGAAGGGUGGCGUGAAUGUGCUGAAGUUAUAAUGUGCUCCUACAAACUGGUUGAUGUUUCUUUUCAAGUCUUCGGUUUUCAAACAAAAGUUGAGGAAUGGGCCCAGAGAGCCAUAAGGAACGUUCUCCUCUUGGGGCAUCGACAAGCAUUUGCAUGGAUAGAUGAGUGGCACGGCAUGACAAUAGAGGAUGUGCGCCAGUAUGAGAUAGGCAUGCAGGAGGAGACCAAUGCCAGGAUUCGAAGUGCGCAGGAGAAGCUAGAUAGUGAUAGCUCUGAAGCUGAGAAGAAGGAGAAAGGAAUAGACAGUGAUGGAACAGAAGAUGCCCUUGACCAUUCUGAAGGCAGUGAAUCUGAGAAAAAACAGGAUUCAAGCUCAUCCAAGGGCAGUGGGUCAGGAACUCCAGUAUCACCUCAGAAACCAGGAUAUUUUUCAUCCUGGUUUAAGUGGUCGUAGGCAUCUUUGAAGGAAAGGGAAAUUUGUGGCAUUGAAAAAAAAUGGUAUGGCAAUUUACUUAUGUUAUUGGGAAUGAGCUUCCUGAAAUUACGGGAAUACUUUGUAAACCUUCUUCUUCUAUAGAUACUUCCUGUUUUUAUUAUAAUUCUACUUCUCAUCAUCUUCUUCUUUCUCCUGCUCCUCCUGGAUAUUUUUGACCAAUUGAAUAAUAAGCCUAAGAGUUCCCUUCACUCAUGUUAAAGAGGACCAUACAAACAAUAUAGAUGUAUUAUAAACCUAUGUGGAUGGACACAAGUGUUUUUUUAGGAAGUCAUAUAUAUUUUAGAAGUAUUUUAGCUUGUGGGAAUACUGCACAUAACCGGCAUUGGCUCUUACUUGUAGAAUAUAAUAUUUUCAUGAUCAAUUCUAUAUGGUGAUGAAAUAUGCAUUAUAUUUUUAUAGCAGCUUCAUUCGGAGAGUUACCAAGGAAGUUUGUUAUGCUGGUUAUUCAUGACAUAGUUGAUAUAUGCUCGUGUGAUAUUGAAUUAAUUUUUAAGCUUUCUACAAAUAAAGGUAAAAAUGUUAAGUGCAAUAGCAUUAUAGCAAUUUGAUAAAAGGAUCAGUGUGAUUAUCGCAAGCAGAUGUUUUAACUGUAGAAGAAGCAUGCAUCCAGAAUGCUGCUGAUUGCUAAGGUAUGAUAAAUUCACAUUAUUAUAUUUCUGCCACAUAUAAUGCACAUUUUGAAAGUAUAUGAAGAUACUUAUACAAGCAUGGACACUGAUCUUAAGCUUAGGGCACAGAAGGUUAUUUUUUUAUUAUUAUGUCAGAACUGCACAAUUUGCAAAACUUAAAAAAAAAAAAAAAGUAACACCUACACUUAGGUUCAGGGACUAAGUUGGUUUGCAUCACAAAGUAAAUGAAGCAAAGGCAGAAUGCACUAUUCUAUUGCAAGACCUGUCUUUAUGAAUUCAAAGUAUAAAUAAGAGAAAGAGGAUGGUUCCAUUGUACAAGUCUUAUUGGAAUAGGUGUGUAUUAGUAUGUGCAUAUUUAUAUCUAUAUCUGUAUCUCUUGCCAUAUAUCUUCAUCUGUAUCUUUGUCUGCCAAUAUCUAUAUAUAUCUGUCUAUCUGUCUGUCUGUCUGUCAAUCAG